CCAAACUCAUCUUGAUCCACAAAUAUCCUCUCCUCAAUGCCCCGUGCCGCGAAGACAUCAUCACGCCGGCACGAGUCCGCUGUCGCGCUGCCGAAGCGCGCCUUUGCGGCGCCCGCCGCGACCGAGGCUCUGUUGCCCGGCGCCAACCCGUUCGCGACAGUGUGUGAGGGUUUGGACGCGCUGAUGCCAGAUCUCCGAUGCCGUCCCGCCGAAGCCCGCGAAGGGUGAGCCCGUGUUCUACGGCGCGAUCGCGGCCGGCGCGGCUGCUCACCCAUACUCCCGCUCGCAUUUGCGGCGGGAGAAGCGCAAAGCCAAAGCGGCCGUUGCGCUCGGCGGCGGCCUGGGCUCUGUCGCGCUUGCGCUGGGCGAAGUUGCGGGCGACGAACCAGCACAGAAGGCGCCUGAGAAGGCCGCGAAAGGCAAAAAGGAGGUGAUGGCGGAGCUGGCGCGGCGGCGCGAGGAAGAAGCGAGGCGGCGCGCAGAGGAGGGCAAGAUUGGCGAGGGGUCGGGGCAUGGGCUGAAGGAGAAGGCGCGGAGGAAGCAGAUUUCGAGUAAUGCACAGCGCAUCCCUGCUGUGAUGGCGCACCCGGCGUUCAAGGCUAACCCUUGGGCUACGAUUCGCGAGCACGCUGCCAACUCGCUUGCUGAGGCUGAAGCCGUCAAGGAUGUCGCUGAGCGCAAGAAGGCCAAGGCGACGCAGCAGGAGCUGAACAAGGUCCGUGUGCCUGCCAGCCUACAGGGGAUGGAGGUGGAGUAGGGCGGAAUCGGCGACGGUGACGGCGUCGGGGAGGAUGGGGGAUGCAGCAUAGACACAUGUAAUUGUACGACAUGAAGCAGGCGAUCAGGAGAUGCAGG